AUGGAUCCAGAGAAUGAGAGCACUUCAUCCUUAGAUCGUAAUGACACUCUUUUUACCCGUAGCUACGGUGAAAGUCGAAGGCCGUAUUCUAGCCGACUGGAUAAAGAUGACACCACUGACUACAAGAAGCUCUACGAGCAAACAUUAGCUGACAACGAGAAGUUGAAGGCUCAGUUACGUGACACAGACCUGGAGCUGGCAGACUUGAAGUUACAACUAGAGAAGGCCACACAGAGGCAGGAACGCUACGCUGACCGAUCACAGCUUGAGAUGGAGAAAAGGGUAACAAGCAGGCCCCAAUAUCAUCUGGGUGGUGGUAUGAUCUUACCCUGAGUUUUUGUGUUAGUCUCCUCUUUGCUGCUGGCUGUCGUCUCUCACGUAGCUGAGGGUCAAAGGGAAGCCCGCCCUCCUUCCACGCCACCCAGAACACUGCCACCUUCUUUAUUCACCUGUUUAUUUAACCUCAGAGGCAGCGUGUGGUCACCACUUCUCAAGACUGCUUAUUUUUGUUUUUUGUUUUUCCAGUGUGUGAAAGUGUGUGAAAUGACCUCAAUUUCUGUAGAAAGUUGAAUAAUUGCAGGCUGUUAAAUUGCUGUUAUAUAAAAAAGUGUGCAUGUGUGUUUUCACCCUUUCUGUAAUGGCUUUGGCAUCUUCAGCUGCAGCUCCUGUAGCCACAUCAUCAUAACCCACAGAUUCGUAAACAUCAUUCAUUAUU